AUGUUGUCUAUUGAUCACAAAAAUGAUGACGACCAGAAAAAGAAACUUCGCGAGAUGACAAAGUCCUUUUGUGGCAUAGAAAAACCAUUGAAAAAUUUUGUCGAUCAUGUUGAGGAUUUAAAUGGACUUAUACGUGAACUUCAUAAAGCUUUCUCGACAAAUUAUGUUAAUAUUGAGCACGUCAAUCAUCUUAUGUUGGUUUAUGCUAGUAACUAUAAUGAUUGGAAAAAGUUCGCCAAAUUUGAUCGCUACAAAUACACAAGGAAUUUAGUUGACGCUGGAAAUGACAAGUUUAAUCUAAUGAUACUGUGCUGGAAUGAAGGACAAACAUCAGCUAUUCAUGAUCAUGCAGAUUCACAUUGCUUCUUGAAAGUUCUCAAAGGAGGUUUAAUGGAAGUUAAAUUUGCAGCACCGAAUAAUGAUACCUCAAUUUCACACAUGGAACCAAAUAUCCCAGCAGACAUAGGAGCAUAUCAUGCAGGCGAGGAGCAUGAGCAUCACGAAGAACAAUUACAGGAACUUUGUAGAAACACAGUGUAUGAGAAUCAAGUUUGCUACAUUAAUGAUAACAUUGCAUUACAUCGCGUCGAAAAUGUGAGCAAUACAGAUGUUGCAGUCUCAUUGCACCUUUACUGCCCUCCGUUCGAUGCCUGCGGUGUAUACAAUAAAUCGACUGGAAAGAGAACUAAAUGUCCUGUCACAUUCUGGAGCAAAUAUGGAAAGCGCGAAAAAAUCCUCGACAAUUGA